AUGCAGGUCUUGUCUGAGUACCUCCAACUUCUGGAUAGCUUAUCAGUGCUAUCAGCUAUACAAGAGAUGAGUCGUGGUGUGGAGAUAUGGCUGGGAAGAACUCUACAGAAGUUGGACUCACUUUUAUUGGGUAGGAUGUUGAACACAACAGGGGAGGAUGUUGAAGACAACCCUAUGGCUGUUGAAGUUGAUAAAUCUGAUAUUUUUGGUCUUACAUGGAUGAAAGUUCCAUGGACUAAUCAGCUUGCUUUUAGAAUCAAAGAUGGUUUGAAGUACAAGUUCAUUGGUUUUCGUGAUCAGGAUGUUAUUAGCCUGACCAACUUUAUCCAGAACUCCUGUGGGUUAACAACAGAAGAGAAACAACUUUCUAUUAGUGGGAAAAACUGGGGAAAAGUUGAUUUAAAUGGCAAUAUGCUGUCUUUUCUUGUUGGUUCAAAGCAAGCAUUUGAAGUCUCCUUAGCUGAUGUCUCCCAAACACAGCUACAAGGAAAGAAUGAUGUCAUAUUGGAAUUCCAUGUGGAUGACACAACUGGUGCAAAUGAGAAAGAUUCUUUGAUGGAGAUAAGUUUUCAAUUGAAGCCUUCUUAUGUUUUUUCCUCUCAUCUAUCUUUUAAUGUUGUUCAGAUUAAUCCAGGUCAACUUAAAGUUCAUCCAGGUGGUAUAUUAUGGAAGAAACAAGGAGGUGGUAAGGCUGUUGAAGUUGAUAAAUCUGAUAUUUCUGGUCUUACAUGGAUGAAAGUUCCACGGACUAAUCAGCUUGCUGUUAGAAUCAAAGAUGGUUUGAAGUACAAGUUCACUGGUUUUCGUGAUCAGGAUGUUAUUAGCCUGACCAACUUUUUCCAGAACUCCUGUGGGUUAACAAUAGAAGAGAAACAGCCCAUGACUUUUUAUGAUGAUAUCACAACAAUCCUGAGCAGUAUCAAUCUUAAUGGAUCCAUACAACCCAUGAGUUUUUCUGAUGAUAUCACAACAAUCUAA